CCUGAAUAUGCGAACGUCUAACGCGGAGGCUGCGUUUACUCUGUGGCCUCUAUUCCAGAUACUCAACACAAGAAAAGCGGUCACAAUGUUGGAGAUCACCUGCAACGAUCGGCUGGGAAAGAAAGUGCGGGUCAAGUGCAAUCCCAGCGACACAAUCGGGGAUUUAAAAAAGCUUAUUGCAGCACAGACUGGAACAAAAUGGGACAAAAUUGUCCUGAAGAAAUGGUACACCAUAUUUAAAGACCACGUUACGCUGGAGGACUAUGAGAUCCACGACGGACAAAAUCUGGAGCUGUACUACCAAUGAAGCACAUCCAGGCAUGGCGUCAACAAUUCCAUAAUUGGGAUGUUCCGCAAGACAUCGGUGUACAUCAGUCAGUUUUAAUUAAAUGUAUUAUUUACAUGGGGAAUCUGUAAUACAAUCUUGAUUCUUUGACACUCAUUAACAUUGUAUCUCCGCAAUAGGAAUGGCUUUUGUUACAUUCAUGCCAUUAUCAAGCUUAUUUCUAAUAAAAAUGCAAGUUGACUUGU